AUGGCAAAUUUGCAUCGGCGGAAAGUGUUGCAGUCACCGUUAUGCAGCAAUUGUAACAAAGCAAGGGAAACGGUCCAUCAUGCUCUUUGGGAAUGUGAUCAUGUGCUAGGUUGCUGGGGGCACAGGUUCAAGAAACUUAGAAGCCCAGAACAGAGUAUGGGCUCAUUUGCAGACUUGGUGUUCUCAGCAAGGCAGCAGGACAAAAACAUGGAGUUGUUUAUGGUGGUCGCAUGGAUGAUAUGGACUAGGCGUAACAAGAGGCACUUCAACGAGCAGCAGCUACCCCCGGAGAAGAUCCUUGAAGCGGAAACUGCACUGCUAACUAAGUUCCACGAAAAUUCUGUUGGCAGGUCUGAGAGAAAAUUGACCCAGACACAACGUUGGGUACCACCAGCUGCAGGAAUGUACAAGGUGAAUUAUGACGGGGCUUGUUUUGUGGAUGAAGAGAAAGCAGGUAUUGGUGUUGUGGUGCGGAACGAUCGGGGUCAAGUUAUGGGAUCUUUAGCAGAGAAAAUUGAAAUGCCGCCGACUGUGGAAGUCCUUGAGGCAAUGGCAGCGAGGAGAGCAAUGAUAUUCAUGGAAGAGUUGGGCUUGAGACAUGCAGUAUUUGAGGGAGACUCCGAGAUUGUGGUAAAAGCACUAGUAGGCCUCUACCCAGACUAG